CCGUCUUCGCGCGACUUUCCGUUCCCUUGCUACAUUCCGAGGAGCGCCUGGGCGCUGGGGCAUGGACUGGCGGGCAGGUGGCCUUCCUGCCGUUUCUGCGCUGCGGGCGGCGUCCAUUUCGCUUGCAAGCUUCGUUGCGUUCGCACGCCUUUUUCUGGCUCCCGUUGUCUCGCGUUCCGUCGUUGCUCUGGUGCCCUGGACUGUUGUGAAUGUGUUUUUAUGCCCUACUAGUGUUGCCUGGGGGUGCUUUUAUGUGUGCACCCUGGAAGAUAGGUCCAGAAGCCUUGCGAUUUCUUAUAUUAAAGCUAAGUGUACUCGUGACCCUACCAGCACUUUUCAAGAUACUUUCGACAUAUUCAUUGCCGUGAACAACGCGGUUGGGACAGCACACUCACGACGUGGGAAGGUCACAGAAAUGUUGAAAGACAUCAGAUUGGGCAUACGCUUCACCCGUGCAACUUCGUCAUGUGCUCCACGGCUUUACGGCUGUGCCACUGUAUGUAAAAAAUGCUGAGUGAUUUUAAUAAAGAAUUUGCAGGGAAGUACAAUGUGUCGCACCUUGUUGACUCUUUUACAGAUGUGUGGAAACGUCGUAGCGAAUGAAUGUGAAUUAUGGAUCUCCAAGUGGCGUUGCCCGCGUCAUUUUCAAGAUUUUACCCGUUUUGAAGGCAAUAGGGCUGUUGAUAGGGAGAAUGCUAGGCUACUGCAGACUGCAACCAUAGGCGCUGUGUCUAAAGGUUAAGCUCACAUGACGCGGCAGGGAAGGGAGUCCGUGGCGAAAAGUGAAUAUAGCCGAAGUUGGAUAGCGUUAAUUUUUGCGCACGAAAGGCAAGCUGGACACAUCGCAAAUCUCCAGUUGUACGAAACACAGUGCAGCAUGGUCGUCGGUUAUGCCAGUGCUUCAACAUAUGUUUCAGCGUCGCACUUCGGACAUUGCGGGCAUAUACCUUUAAGUUUUUCCCCUUGUGGACCGAUGCUGUGUGUGUUCAUGGACAUCAUGUUUUCAAAGACAUGUAAGUUCUCAAUAAUAACGCGAAAAAAAUGCUGGUCAUGUUACGCUGUGGUAUAAUACCUGGUGAGGUAAUACGAUGCUAUGACGCUCAGUUUCAUACGAAAUAAAGUGUUUGAUCUAAUGUUGCUUGUUUGUGCCACUGAUACGCACUGCUGUGCGGUGUUGAUGUAAUGUUC